AUGACAAAUGAAAUACCAACAACUAUUGAUUGUAGUUUUCAGCAUGGUUUAAUGACGACUAACCGAUCGAAUGAAACUUUACCUAUCGUUAUUCAAUCAUCAACAAUAAAACCUACAAAUACAUCAAUAACACGAAAUAAUCCAAAAUUAAAACGAAAUUUAAGAGAUAAACGUCGAGCAACUGGAAUUCUUCCAGAUGAAGCUCUAAUAGUGGGAACAUCAAAUGAGGAUACUCUCGAUGAAGAUGAAGAAAAAGUAUUUACACAUAUUACGGAAUCCAAUGAAUCGUUUGAUUAUAAUCAAACAAUGCCUUCAUCUAAUUGUUCUACACCAAUGUUUACAGUUAGUCGAAUUCAACCAUCAUUCGAAAAUUUAUCGAUUUCUGAAAAAACAGAUUCUUAUAUAAGGACAUCAUCACCAUCAUUAAAGAAUAAUUCUGAUUUAGUAACAAAAAACUUUCGCCCUGAAAAAUUUAUUGUACAUCGAGUAGAACAACAAACAUCAGAUGAUGAUUCAGUAAAAUUAAAAUCUCGACAAUUUGAAGAACGUAUUCUUACACUUGAAUCACGUCUAUAUGAUAAAGAUAUUAUUAUACAUGACUUACAACGUAAACUUGAUAAAAUGACACGAGAGUUAACCGAUGCAAAAGAACAAAUUUAUAUAUUACAUCAAGAGAAAUUAACAUUGAUCAAAGCAUUUUCAGCAUUACAAGAUAAUAAAUCUUUAUCUGAAGAUGUCUCAAUACAUUCGAAAUUCAAAUAA